UUCUUUUUUCUUUCUGGUGCCUUUCCAUUUUAAUUUAUUUCUUUCAUCACAUCUCCCCACUUUUUCAACCUAGAGUUUACAUUAAAAUGCCUGCAGCUAGAGCCAGUGGUAUCACUCGUACAAUUUAUAAUACUAUCUUCAAGAGAAACUCUGUGUUUGUUACUACCAUCUUCGUUGGUGCUAUUGGAUUCACCAUGGGUUUUGAUACAAUUACUACCAAAGUUUGGGAUGAUAUCAACCGAGGCGCUCAAAUGUGUUCCUUUUUUAUGUUGUUACCAAAUUUAUAGAAACAAUGGAAGGAUAUUAAAGACAACGUAUGUGAAAAAUUGAUUUACA